AUGGUGCUCGCCGCAUUGGGCGACUUCAUCUACCACUGCUACAUGCUGCUGUACUACAUCAUUCGUGUUAGCACCUUCGUGGGGUAUUUACUGUACGAUACGCUCAGCAAAAUAGGAUGGGCCGUGCUGUGGUGUGUGCAGAACGUGUCCGUGUUCGCCAGGAUCGUGUACGAAGACAACCAUCAUCACAUCCAGGACGUGCGGACCAUCAUCGGGGGAAUAUCCGGUUUCUUCAUCAGCAAUCUGGUGAAGGUUUGCGGUGCAGUGUGGACAGUCUGUUGCCUGUUUCGCGAAGCGCUGAUAAAAUGCUGGUCGUUGCUAUGGCAAACGGUAUGGUGCAUCAAACGCAGCCUCGUGCUGAUCGGAGAAGCCGUCUGGUUGCUGUUUACCGCUCCGUACCAACUGCUGGUUCUGCUCGAUGAGCUGCUGAGCUACGGGACGCAACAAACCCUUCAACUAGCACGAAAUACGGCCACGUUUUGUGCCAACGGGGUGGUCGAUUUAGUUCACUACACUAUCCAUGAUGUACCACUGGAAUCGGCCCUAGGAUUAGUGGUUCUCGGACUUAUCUACCUCAAUCCCGGACCGGCAGAGUGUGUACUGCAGUUUCUUCUGAAAGCUGCCCGCUUCGCAUACCGUGUUGGACGUGCAAAGGCACAGCGUGCUGUGGCCACGCUCAAUGACAAAUUGUCCCGAAUCGCUCUAGCGGCGUACAUAAGGAUUUUGAUACCACUUGGAGAGUUGUUAAGACGCUAUCUACACGGGACCUUGCACCUGUUGCGCUACGACAGGAUUCGUAGUCUGAUUCAGUCGAUACCGCUGAACCGAAACAUGCUCGAGCUUAGCACUCCCCAAGAAAACCAACAAACGGAGCGUAAUAACCGUCAGGAACCACCAGCAGCACUGCCACCACCACCACCACCACCAAGAAGUCGAUUAACGCCCCAGCGUGCGAAGAUUGGCUCGUGCAUCAUCUGCGAGGACGACGAUCGGACCAUCGUGUUUGUGCCUUGCGGACAUCUUUGCGUGUGCAAAGCGUGUGCGCGCAACAUAGCCUACUACAAUCCAGUGUGCCCGGUGUGCCGGACGCACAUCGAAAAGCAGUUGAAGGUGUAUCUUUAG